GUUGACGAUUAUUUGUGUACCUGUGAGCCAGGAUAUACCGCUAAACGCUGUCAACACACUAUAGACUUUUGUUCGUCCAAACCUUGUCAAAAUGGAGCUACAUGCACCGAUUUGGUGGACGGUUUCAGCUGCAAAUGCAGGCCAGGUUAUGUUGGUCUUCAAUGUGAAGCUGAAAUAGAUGAAUGCCUGAGUGAUCCUUGUAACUCUGUCGGUACAGAAAAAUGCGUGGAUCUGGAUAACAAAUACUUCUGUAUGUGCAAGGAGGGAUACAGUGGAAAGAUGUGUGAGGAAAAUAUGGAUGAUUGUAAGAGCGAUCCAUGUCUCAAUGGAGGAUCAUGUAGGGAUGAAGUUGGUGGUUAUAAAUGCGUGUGUCAACCAGGAUGGACCGGAACUAAUUGUGAAUCUGACAUAGGAAACUGUCAAGGAAAACCAUGUCAAAAUGACGCAAAGUGUAUUAAUUUGUUCCAAGACUAUUUCUGUGUUUGUCCUUCAGGUACCGAUGGUAAGCAAUGCGAGACAGCUCCGGAAAGGUGCAUAGGCAACCCGUGUAUGCACGGAGGAAAAUGCAAGGAUUUCGGUUCUGGCCUUAACUGUUCUUGCUCUGAAGGAUUCACUGGUAUCGGGUGUCAAUAUGAAUACGACGCUUGCCAAGCCAAGGCGUGCAAAAACGGAGCUACCUGUGUCAAUAACAUCUUCGGUUUUACCUGUCAAUGUCCGCCAGGAUACACUGGAAAAUACUGCGAGAAAGAUAUAGUAGACUGUAAAGAAAACUCGUGUCCACCCAGCGCAACGUGCAUUGACCUAACUGGCAAAUUCUACUGUCAAUGUCCUUUCAAUUUAACUGGAGAGGAUUGCAGAAAAACUAUCUCGGUGGAUUAUGACUUGUACUUCAGCGACGCUAGCAGGAGCUCAGCUUCGCAAGUGGUUCCAUUCUACACCACCUCAGCUUCAAGCCUCACCAUCGCCAUGUGGAUUCAGUUCACUCAGAAAGACGAGAACGGUAUUUUCUUCACCUUGUACAGCGUCACUGUGGUCCGGGCACGUGCCAACAGAAGACCGAUCAUCCAGGCUCACUCGAACGGUGUCCAAGUGUCCAUUUUCGAGGACUUGCAGGACGUUUACCUGAGUUACAGGGACUAUACUGUCAUAAAUGACGCUCAGUGGCAUCACAUUGCGAUCGUGUGGGAUGGAGAAAAUGGAGGUGAACUGAAAUUGAUCACUGAAGGACUGAUAGCCAGUAAAAUCGACGGGUAUGGCAGUGGAAGAAAACUACCAGAGCACGCAUGGGUCACCUUGGGCAAACCCCAAUCGACCAGUCCCAAAGCCUAUACCGAAUCCGGAUUCCAAGGCCACCUCACUAAAGUUCAGAUCUGGAACAGAGCUCUGGACGUCACCAACGAAGUCCAGAAACAAGUCCGAGACUGCAGGACCGAACCAGUUCUAUACAAGGGACUCGUUUUAACGUGGGCAGGUUAUGAAGAAACAGUCGGAGGAGUGGAAAGAGUGGUUCCCUCGCAUUGCGGCCAAAGGAACUGCCCAGCAGGGUACUCCGGACCGAAAUGCCAGAACCUGGAAGUAGACAAGAUCCCUCCUAAGGUGGAAUACUGCCCGGGAGACCUCUGGAUCAUAACCAAAAACGGAUCGGCACUAGUAGCUUGGGACGAGCCACACUUUAGUGACAACGUCGGCGUUGCCAGCGUGCAAGAGCGCAACGGACAUCGACCAGGCCAAACACUUUUAUGGGGCAUCUACCAGAUAGCCUACGUGGCCAGCGAUCAAGCCGGCAACACCGCUAGCUGUACCUUCAAAGUAUCGGUGUUGUCAGAGUUCUGUCCAGAAUUACCCGAUCCUAUUGGAGGAUAUCAGACUUGUAAGGAUUGGGGUGCUGGGGGACAGUUUAAGGUGUGCGAGAUUGGGUGCAAUUCUGGACUUAAGUUUUCCCAGGAUAUUCCCAGGUUCUAUACCUGUGGAGCUGAAGGAUUUUGGAGGCCUAAUAUCAAUCCCAAUUUAGCUUUGGUUUACCCUGCUUGUUCUCCAUACAAACCAGCACAGAGGGUGUUCAAGAUCAACAUGCUCUUCCCCAGCUCAGUGCUGUGCAACGAGGCGGGACAAGGGGUUUUAAGACAGAAAGUCAGGAACGCUGUGAACAGUCUUAACAGGGAUUGGAACUUCUGUUCGUUCUCUGUCGAGGGUACCAGAGAGUGUAAAGACCUGAAUAUCGACGUCAAAUGCGACCACAGGGCUGGAAGACAGGCCAGGCAAGUACCGGACCAAGAGGAAGAUGGCGGUACUUACGUUAUCGAUGCCAGUGUACCGGUAGACAACGAUCCAGUAGUGAACUCCAACUCCAACGACAGAUCUACAGUGAAGGAACUUUGAAAACUAAUUUUGGAAGAAGGACAAUUUGACGUUAGGGAUAUCUUACCAAACACUGUCCCAGACCCAUCGUCUUUGUCCUAGUCCGACUACGCAUGUCCGGUGGGACAAGUUGUGGAAGCUCCUGAUUGUGUCCCAUGUGCCAUUGGAACUUUCUACAACAAAGACACCAAAACUUGUCUACCCUGUCCACAAGGAUCCUACCAAAGCGAGGCUGGACAGUCUCAAUGCAUUGAAUGUCCAGUCAUUGCCGGACGUCCAGGAGUAACUAUAGGUCUAGGAGCACGUAGCGCAGCGGAUUGCAAAGAACGAUGCCCAGCUGGUAAAUUCUACGACCACGAUGCCGGAUUGUGCCGAUCCUGCGGUCACGGCUUCUACCAACCGGAAGAAGGCUCGUUCUCGUGCCAGAUUUGUGGAUUGGGCAAAACCACAAGGACCAAUGAGGCUGUCUCUUCGAAAGAAUGCAGAGAUGAAUGUGGUGAUGGACAACAACUGGCUCUGGAUGGUCGUUGCGAGCCAUGUCCUAGAGGAACCUUCAGAGCUCAAGGGUAUCAAGCAGCUUGUGUUAGCUGUCCUCCUGGAAGGACAUCACCAAAAUCCGGUGCUAUCACAAUUGAAGAAUGUACUUUACCUGUAUGUGCUGCUGGAACCUAUUUGAACGGUACUUUGAACAGUUGCAUUCAGUGCAAGAGAGGAUUCUACCAGCCAGAAACACAGCAAACGACUUGUAUUCCAUGCCCACCCAACACCAGUACCAAAAACACUGCCUCAAAAUCCAAAUCCGAAUGUACGAAUCCAUGCGAACUGAAAGGCCAAGAAAUGCACUGCGAUCCGAACGCCUACUGCCUGCUCAUUCCCGAAACCAGCGACUUCCGGUGCGAGUGCAAACCUGGCUUUAACGGCACCGGCAAAGUAUGCACCGACGCGUGCGACGGCUUCUGCGACAACGAGGGCGUAUGCGUCAAGGACGUGACGGGAUCUCCAUCUUGCCGGUGUAUAGGCAGCUUUACCG